AUGUCCACACUUACUUUGCAGACAUUUUUAGGGAACAGCAAUAUCCAGGAGUUACAGGAUUUUGCCACUGUGCUCCUAUCCCGGAUGGAGAAAGAGUAUCCUGGAGACUCGGUAGAAACAGAGAAAGUCAAGUCUCUAUUCAUUGACGUGUACCAGAUAAUCAAGCCUGGAUUGAAGUCUUCUCCGGGAGAGGGUAGUGGGACCACAGCACCGAAGAUAUCGCAGGGAGAAGACCGCUUCAAGAGUCUAUCUCAAGCGGAGGAACAGGAUUUCACACUGUCUGCAACAGGCGUCGAUGUCCUCAAUUGUGCGAUUCUGCAGAUAAGGGACAACCUGUGGCUUGAGUCGGAAGACAGUAAUAUUAGAAUGCUUUCAGAGAUUAUGGUCUUGAAUAUUUUGGUAACGUUGAUGCUUGAAAUCAGCAAAACCUUGAUCACCUCGACGCUCAAUACAUCGAAUACCAUCAAUUAUUAUGAUUGUGUUUUAUCGAAAAAGUAUUCUGUGCUGUUAUACUUUCUUCAGACUCUGCCCCAAAAUACGUUUGCCUUCUUGAUGGAGGUGAAAAAGGUGAAGUUGGUUUCCCCUUCUAGCACAAUCGUGGAAAUCCCUUCAUGGAUACCUAAUUUUUUCCGUGAUAUAUACGCUGCAACCCUCAAAUACUUCAGACUAGCAUACACCAUGAUUGACAGGUCUAUAGAGGACUUUUUCCGGUCUCCAACAACGUUUUUAAUGGAAAGACAGCAAAAUUCCAGAUCGUUGUUUGUCAAAUUUUGGAACUCGACUUUCCAAUUACCAUACUAUUACUCCAAAUAUGAAAUAGAGAGAAGAAGGAAAAACUUGGUGAACCUACAGAAGACAAACAUAUCAAAGUUAGGUUACUUGUUGACCAACUCACCGCAUUAUGAUCUAAAGAAUGACAAUCUAUCCACUGACUUCUCUACUAUCAACAGUUUCCUCGAAAGUUUCCUCAGCUCGGACAAGUUUACCCAGUCGUCUUUACCGAAAGAGAAGCAACUCAAUAUUGAUAACUUGUACUCUGCAUUCAGUACCGGGUCGUAUGAACUCAAGCACAAGCUAGAUAGAGUGGAAAGUGAGAACGCAAUGCCGUCAUACUUUACUCGGAAUUGGCCGAUUAUAAUACCCGCCGGCUUAUUUAUAGGUUCGUACGUCCCAUCAGCGCUGAGGAACACCAGAUUACUCAUAACCGAUCCACAGGUGCGUAGCGAGUCGUAUGAGUACUUCAAGCAGCUUGUUGAUUAUUGCAUAGACACUACAGUUUCAUUCUGGAAGCAUUGGGUUGUGAAUCCAAUAAACAACAUAUUGAAAACCAUCAGGCAUGACGACAAUUCCGAAAUAGCGUUAAUGUCACAAAAAUCCCUUGCCUCCGAUCUUGACUCACUUGAACGGAUGGCCAUCGAUUAUAUUGUUGAUUCGUCUCCGACGGGAGGCAACAUGUCGUUAUCAGAGCUCGACCAAAUCAAGAACGCCAUCAAGUCUGGGGAUAUGACGCUGGUGAUGAACAACUACGAAAGAGACUUGAAGACACCGAUAAAGUCUAUUGUUGCUGGCGAUAUGAUUCGGAACAUACUGAUUCAGAUCCAGAAAACCAAAGUGGACGGAUCGCUUGCAUUAAACGGGGUCGACCAGAUCUUGAAGAGUCAGGAGCUAGUGUUUGGCUUUGUUGCUGCCUCUCCUAGUUUGUUUAUUGUAUGGAUGUUGAAGAACUCGUUCAUGAGUUGGUACAACGGGGAAAGCAAGAGCUCUUACAAGAACGUGCAGACCAGGGAAGUUAAGACUAGAGUCAAUGCAAGCUUAGGCAAGAUUGAAAAGCUUGUGGACUAUAUGGUCAGCCAGAAGCGUGACAACAGUGUCUCCGAUGACGUCGAUUACUACAAAAACGGGUUGGUCUUCAUUGAGGUGAGAAGCUUGAAGCGCCUCUCCAAGAAGUUGCUACCUCUGUACGUCUACUACCAGUUCAAGGAGGAUGUGGAAGAGCUAGUCGGCACUUCUUCGGACGUGGAGUACAAGCUAUUGACGAUACAGAGAAUAUGGAACGUCUAUGCCGGGUACCUCAGGUAA